ACCAGUCGGCCCAAAAGCCGCGGCACAUCAAGAAAGCCCACCGCCUUAUUCCCACAAACCCAAAUAAAUCUUUCAAGGAACUCGAGAAAUUCUGUCCCCGUCGUCGAUUCGCACCUCGACCACCGCCUCGCAAACCACCGCCUUCGGCCCCAUUCUGUCCCCGUCGCUGAAAAUAUUUGUCGCUCUCCCUUCAUUUGCAGGAGGAAGAAAGGGACUAUAAGACGUAGCGCAAUUCAAUAAGUUCGCAAUCCAGGUUCGCGGAGUUUGAUUGCAGAAAAUGGGAGAGGGAGCAGGAGAGGAGGACAUGCCGAGAGAUGCAAAGAUCGUGAAAUCUCUGCUGAAAUCAAUGGGUGUGGAAGACUAUGAGCCCCGUGUUAUCCACCAAUUCUUGGAACUUUGGUACAGGUACGCGGUGGAUGUGCUGACGGAUGCGCAGAUUUACUCAGACCACGCUGACAAAUCUGUGAUCGAUUCCGAUGAUGUCAAGCUUGCCAUUCAGUCCAAAGUCAAUUUCAGCUUCUCACAACCUCCUCCACGUGAGGUCCUACUAGAGUUAGCUAGGAAUAGAAACAAGAUCCCUUUACCAAAAUCAAUUACCAGGCCUGGAAUUCCACUUCCUCCUGAACAGGAUACCCUGAUCAAUCCCAACUACCAAUUUGCUAUUACAAAGAAACAAAGCAAGCAAGCAAUUGAGGAAGCAGAGGAUGAUGAAGAGGCUGCUGAUCUUAAUCCAAACCCUUCUCAAGAGCAAAGGAUAGAUGCUUCACAAGGCGCUCCUCAGGGUGUGUCUUUUCCAAUUGGACCUAAACGAUCAAGAUGAGCUUUUCAGUCUCAAUAGCGGUUGCUAAAAAUCACACGGUACCCCAUUGUGUGUUGGGGUGUAUAUAUUUUUCUUCCCACCACAAAAGUUCCCAGGAAGAUUAACAUUUGUCAUGUCUAUCUCUUGACUCCUUUCCUGUAAGCUGGGCUUGAGUGGCUGACCGUUGUUGAUGCAAUCUGGGGGGAGUAUUGACCUGUAAAAUUCAUCCCUGAAUUGAGACUCCAAAAUGUACUCGGUACUUGGAAAAGUCAACUGGAGAAUUCUAUGUAUCCCGGAUGCAGGAUUGUUUCCUUGUAUUUGUUAAAUGAUAUGCUUUUAACGUUAUUAACACUAGUGAACUUGCUUGCAUCCUUGUUUGGAUUGUAUUUUU